CACUGUUCCCGGUCUUGCUCGCUUCCUCCGUCCCUUUCGCUGUCCCUCCUCCCUCCUCCCGCCCUAGGCCCCGCCACACACCUGUGGCCACCGGGCCGGUGGCACCCCGCCUCACCCUUUCCCCCUCUCCCUGGUUGUCUCCCCCUCCCUCACCUUGUGCCAGCAGCAGCAAAAGGGCUCCAAGAAAGGGUCUGGCAUGCCCCCCUUGCCCUGCUCGCUGCCCCUCUCCCCCUCCCUAUCCUUCACGCUUCCCCACUCGCCUGCUGCCUUCUCUUCCUCCUCCUCCUCCCCCCCCUUCUCGUAUUGGGGCGGAGACUGGAGGGCUGCCAGUUCGAGUCCAGUGGCAGGAAGAACGUUUAUUGCACCACUGCCGCCUGUCGAGAGUUUCCUCAGUAGAAGGUUGAAGGGCUCGAUCAAGAGGGCUAAGAGUCAGCCCAAACUGGACCGAACCAGCAGUUUCCGCCACAUGAUCCUCCCCCGCUUCCGCAGUGCCGACCAAGACAGGACCCGUUUGAUGCAGAGCUUCAAAGAGUCCCACUCCCAUGAGUCCUUGCUGUCUCCCAGCAGCGCUGCCGAGGCGCUGGACCUCACUCUGGACGAGGACGCCGUCAUCAAACCUGUCCACUCGAGCAUUCUGGGACAAGAGUACUGCUUUGAGGUGACUACGGCAUCGGGAACCAAGUGCUUUGCGUGUCGCUCAGCUGCAGAGAGAGACAAAUGGAUCGAGAACCUGCAGAGAGCUGUCAAGCCCAACAAGGACAACAGCCGGAGGGUGGACAAUGUGCUCAAACUGUGGAUCAUCGAGGCCCGCGAGCUUCCAGCCAAGAAACGCUACUACUGCGAACUUUGUCUGGACGACAUGCUGUACGCACGCACCACCAGCAAGCCCCGCACCGACACCGUUUUCUGGGGCGAGCACUUUGAAUUCAACAACCUGCCAGCCGUCCGCAACCUACGCCUUCAUCUAUACAAAGAGACAGACAAGAAGAGACGCAAGGAAAAAAGCACAUACUUAGGACUUGUAAGCAUCCCCAUCUCAAGCAUCACUGGACGUCAAUUUGUGGAGCAGUGGUACCCGGUCAUCCAGCCCAGCGUCCUCACCAAGGGAGCUGGUGGCGGAGGGGGGAAGAUCAUCAACGCAUCCCUACGCCUCAAAUCCCGCUUCCAGACCAUGAACAUCCUGCCCAUGGAGCUGUACAAGGAGUUUGCAGAGUACGUCACCAAUAACUACCGCACCCUGUGUGCUGUGCUGGAGCCUGUGCUGAGUGUCAAGAGCAAAGAGGAAGUGGCCUGUGCAUUGGUGCAUAUACUGCAGAGCACAGGGAAAGCUAAGGACUUCCUGUCAGACAUGGCGAUGUGCGAGGUAGACAGAUUCAUAGACCGAGAACACCUUAUCUUCAGAGAGAACACUCUGGCCACCAAAGCCAUAGAAGAGUACCUCAAACUGAUCGGACAUAAGUACCUCAAGGAUGCUAUAGGUGAGUUCAUAAGGGCCUUGUAUGAGUCAGAGGAAAAUUGCGAAGUGGACCCCAUGAGAACGCCACCCUCUGUGCUCCCAGACCACCAAGCCAAUCUCCGAAUGUGCUGUGAACUAGCACUCUGCAAGAUCGUUAACUCCCAUUGUGUUUUCCCUCGAGAGCUAAAGGAAGUUUUUGCCUCCUGGAGAGUGCGCUGUGCUGAGAGAGGACGGGAAGACAUUGCCGACCGUCUCAUUAGUGGUUCCCUCUUCCUGCGCUUCCUGUGUCCUGCCAUCAUGUCCCCAUCACUCUUCAACCUCACCCAGGAGUAUCCCGACGAGCAGACUUCACGCACGCUCACCCUCAUCGCGAAAGUAGUGCAAAACCUGGCCAACUUCUCCAAGUUCGGCAAUAAAGAGGAGUACAUGUGUUUUAUGAAUGAGUUUUUAGAGAUGGAAUGGGGCUCCAUGCAGCAGUUCCUGUACGAGAUCUCCAACGUAGACAGUGUCAGCAAUGCAGGCGGCUUUGAGGGAUACAUCGACCUGGGCAGGGAGCUGUCCAUACUCCACAGCCUUCUCUGGGAGGUCAUAGCUCAGCUCAGCAAGGAUGCUAUCAUCAAACUGGGUCCUUUGCCUCGCCUCCUGAAUGACAUCAGUAUGGCCUUGCGUAACCCACACCUCCAGAGGCAGCCGAGCCAUCAGACAGACAGGGUGCAGGAGAGGCAGACAGAAAGGCUGCUGUCACGACCGAGCUUCAACAGGGGCAUCUCAUCCGAGUUCCAAAAUCUCAUGAUGAGGGAUCUUAAUAGCUCUAUAGAUAUCACUCGCUUGCCUUCCCCCACCUCCACCGGAGGGGUCAUGCCAUCCCGCUCCCAGAUGGGUUUUCAGGACCGUGACCAGCUCCAUCGAGCGUCCUCCAAAGACAUGUUUUACGUAUCACGCCCUCCUUUGGCCCGAUCCAGCCCGGCCUACUGCACAAGCAGCUCGGACAUCACGGAACCAGAUCCUAAGGAUUCCCGAAUGAACAGCGUGUCUAACCUGCAGUCGGUGGACAUGCUCAACUCCUCCCAGGCCUCCAUCGCCGGCAUGGGCAGCUUCGGAGGGCUGAGCAGCGGAGGCGGUGGCGGCCUGGGGUCAGGCCUGAGCAGCCAGCUGCGGGCCGGUGGGAGGUUGUCAGCUGGCUCUGGCGGCUCCAGCAUGUCCGGCGGCCUUCGGCUGAGCCAGCUGAGCCAGAUGGGCACCACCACCGACUCGCUAUCCCAGCAGCAGCAACAGCAGGCCGCCGCCAUGCGCUACCCGCUUUCCUUCCAGAAUCCCCUCUUUCAUCUGGCGACCGCCGAUGGGCCUCAACAGCAACAGCUCCAUCACCAGCACAGCCGGGCUCAACCUCCAGCACCCCUGCUCCUGGCCCCAGAGCCUGAUCCCUCUCACCCGACCUACAUGCCACAGUUCGCCCAUGGGGGGUUCUCUCGCAGUGAGGACCUGUCCACCCUCAGGACCAGGGACGGUCACCUGGGACAACCCAGCAUCAUCCACUCACACAGCUACAGUGACGACUACAGCAGGGCUGAAUAUGGACGCAGGCAGAUGUCCACACAUGUGCAGGAUAACCUCCAACAGCAACAACAAAUGAUGGGCCUGGCCUCCCAGACAGGAACGUCCCACUCCUCCCUGGCCACCACGCCCCCCACCACAGUCCAACCCGUUCGCCAGAGUUCUGUUGCCCCGCCUCCCGUCCAGCGCGUCAAGUCCCAGACCUCCCAUCAGCUGUCCGUCAGUGCGGCUGCUGCACCUGCUGCUCUGGCUAAAACACGACCGCCGAGCGCAAAUCUCCUCCAGUCACCGGAGUCCGGCUACGGCGGCAGGCAGCACGGGUCCCGGCAGCUGUCCGUCAAAGACAACACUGCCCCGGGGCUGCCCCACCAGCAGAGCUCUGUCAGGGAAAGCCAGAGUCCACAGGGAACCACCAGUCAGAGCACUCAGCAGUCACCACAGCAACAGCCUCAGCAACAGCACCUGCUCAAGCCCACCAUGAGCAAACAGGGCUCCCAGACUCCAUCUACCCUCAAUCCCCCAACCCCAGCCAAUGAGCGAACGGUGGCCUGGGUCUCCAACAUGCCUCAUCUGUCGGCUGACAUUGAAAGUUCGCGGAUUGACCGUGAAGAGUUCAAACUGAAGGAGUACUCAAAGAGCAUGGAUGAGUCACGCAUGGACAGGGUACGGGAGUACGAGGAGGAGAUCAACUCCCUGAAGGACCGCCUGGUGAUGUCCCACAAAAAGCUGGAGGAGUACGAGCGGAGGCUCCUCACGCAGGAGCAGCAGACCAAUAAGAUCCUCCUACAGUACCAGAAUCGACUCGACGACAGUGAGAGGAAGCUACGGCAACAGCAAGUGGAGAAAGACUCCCAAAUUAAAGGAAUAAUUAGCAGACUUAUGGCUGUGGAGGAUGAGUUAAGGGGAGGACCCGUGAUUGAGCCAAAAACCAGGAUUUUCCCUGAUCAGGGGAGGCGUCAGUCCAUCCUAGUGCAGCCCCGUCUCGCGCCUGUCCCACCCCGAGUAACCAGCCACUCUCAAAGCUUCAUGGAGGACAAUGUGGAACGUAAUUGGCUGAUGCACCAUCGGCAGUCCGCAGGGUGGCAUAGCCAAAUGUCCAGAGCCCUCUCUCGUGACGCGAUUGGCUGACAAAGGGAGAACUUGGGGCAUUGGUCCCAUUCUCUUUGCUCAAAGGAUGGUGCAGAGCCCCAGCGGACCAUGUAAGGAAAUGCUGGGUUGUUUUUUUAUUUAUUUAUUUUUUUCACUUUACUUGGGCCCUCUCUCUCUGAUUUGAUAACAGGAUUUUUUUUUUUUUUUAAUCUUUUUGACGCCUUGUGGUUGGAUUUACAUUUUACUUUUAAAAGGUAGGCUGGACACAUAUUGGCGUUUGUUAGCCUGCCGAGCAUGCAAAGAACAGCUAUGCAGUCUGAUCAAUCAGCAGAACGGAGGACACAAAGGCCAAGGAAGGCAUGAUGCCCAAAAUGAGAGAGAGGGGAGGUGUAUUUUGGGUAAGAUAUAUUUCAAAGGUGCUUGACUUCUCUUAAAUUUCAGUCAAAGCUGAUUUACUUUUAGAGCAUUUAUUUCCCUCCCUCUCUCUCUCUCUCUCUCUCUCUCUCUCUCUCUCUCUCUCUCAUAGUCUUUUUAAAUUAGCCUUUGAUUCCUCUUCAUCUACUCACUCUUUGUCUAUUUAGGAUUCUCAAAGCAUUAUUUAACCACUUCAUUUUUACUCACACGUUUUAGACACACUUGAUCUCUUUCUCGAUUCAUGGUUUUAGCUCUUCCGUUCCAAUCUCUUUCAGACUUUGAUUUUAAAGGAAACUAAAUAUGCACAGCCUAAUACAACAAGUGAAACUGCUUCAGAACAAAACUCUUGCUUCAAUGAAGACUUUGAAAAACCGGACAGAAUGUUAUUAUUUAUAUUUCUAUGAUACUGCUUAUUCUUACAAUAGUAUAUAUAUAUUAAAAAAAAAAAACUCAUCAGAAAUCUUCCGGAGCAGAUAUUUAUUUCUUGAUAUAGAUAGAUGCCUCUAUCUAAUGGAAGUUCAUAUCCAUUUUAUAUGAACCAAGUUUUCUUACUAAGACAAUCUUGUGGAGAGAAUCAUUGCCCUAAAGGACUGUGAAUAAAGGGACAAACUUGUGUUUUACCUACUCCCCUUACAGCAGUUUGCACGUUGCUGUGACCUGUGCCCCCCCCCUUCCUCUUGGUUAUAAUCAUUCAAAACAAACAAAAAAAAACGACAAAAAAAAGUGGACGGAUGUUUCGCCAAACAAUCGCCAUGGAGCUCUCCAUUAACGGACGAUGUGAAAGUCUUUGGAUGGGGACAUUCUUACAGCUAUUGUUUUGUACUCCACUUUCGACUACCUGUCCGUAGAGUUUUAAGCGAGCAGAGGAUGAACUCUUGGUUUCAGUGUGGCCACAUUUCUGCAGUCAAAUUGCUGUAAAACGUCCCAUUUAUUUCAAUGGAUGGACCCCACUGACACCUGUCUGAGUUCAAAUCCCUGCCAUAUCCACUUAUGACUGAAACAACGACAGAGAGAGAUAUGUUAGAGGUCCCGCUGCAACGAGUGAAUGUGUUUGUAUAUAAGUGUGUGUACUGGCUAAAUCUUUGUGUAUAUACUGGAUAAAUGUGUAUAUAUGGUAUGUCUAUGUGUAUAUACAGUUUGUUUGUAUAUGCAGAGUGUACAGUUAUUUUUCCUCUAAUGUUUCUCUCUCUUUCUAUGACUAGGUCUUACCAAUACUGAGGCAUGGAAAGGUUUUUAAAUGUACUGAGCUAUCAGAGGCACUUUGUGUGCAGACUUAGAAUAUCAGCAAGGUCUGUCACUUAUAGCUGCAUUCUCGAAGCUCUCAUACAAGACGUAAGUCACAUAAUCUUUAGCUUGCACUCAUUUUCUGACCAACUAAAAAGCUUUUCUAAGUAGAUUUGGGUGACCAAGCAAUGUUUGUACAUAUAUAGACUAAGACAUUUUUUUUUCUCCAGAAACCUCCAUUUGCAUUUCUUUGAAAAUGAUCAACCUGUUUUGAGUUCUUGCGUAUCUGACUUUCACUUUAGGUUCCUAUGGUAUAUGUUUUCAAUGGUUGUCAUUCAGAGUUAUAUAUUUAUUCCGACAACCCUUAUAUAUUUCUUAAAAUUUUGUUCCCCAAAUUCUGCCUCUCAUGGAGCCUUCUAACCUUUUGUUAAGAUUCGGUCAGACUGGCAAAUUCUUCCAUGAAAGUAUACUGUCAUUACUUAACAUUGCCUGUUUUUGUAUAGGUCCUUACUAAAUAAGUGUGCCUCCCCCCUUAUACUCUUACUAACCUUAGAACCAUUAACUCCUCUGGUCACUCAUCUUCAUACCCCUUGACAAGCCAUAGCCCCCCUCCCCAAAACUCCUCUAUUGUUGUUUUGACAGGACAGACAUUUGGGGAUUUUGUGUAUAUUAAUGGAAGAGUGGUGUUGAAGAGUGUAUUGCAGUUGUAUAUGGAUUUGUUAUGAAUGUGGAUAUUCUGAUCAUUGAAUUAUUAUUGUAAUAAUGAUAAUAAUUAUUGCCAUUUUGAUUUUGUUGAUUAAUUCUUUUCAUGCGGCUGAUGAAAAUGCCAUUGUUCCUCUUUUUUUUUUGGAAUACACCGGAAUUUAUAUUUUUCGGGUGGGUGAAUCUGGAGAUAGAAACACGUAAAUAAAUAAACAAAUAAUUAAAUUCUUAA